CCUCCCCCCCUUUGUUACGGAUGGAUGGUUUUCCCAGAAUCAUGUAACCCCACAGGGCGAUCACCUUGGCUCGCUUAGACGCUCGCUGCCAGUGCCAGUGCCAGGACUCCUGGAGAAAAAAAAAGGGCCAACCUUGCUUUAAAAAGAACAUUUACUAACUUAAUCCUGACCCUUGACUCAAUGCGGUAUGGUGAGCAGAAAUCCAUCCACACUUCCCCUGUCUACCGUCCUCUUGCUUGUUACUUGUUUGGGAUACUACGACGAACACCCGUUCUACUCCAUCGUUUUCUCUCCUGUUUUGAUAAAGGGGGAGGUAGGAUGUGUAAUUCAUAGCUUAUCAUUUUUUUGUUCUGUACAUUCUACUAAGGUAUGUACUAGUUUUGUUAUCAUGUUGUAUGGUGAUCAUCCGAGCUUCUGCAGUGUGUUUAUGUUUGCUCCAUCAUGCCACGAGGCAAGCCUCCUCCCUCCUGGCAAGCCACCAAAUAAGAUUAACCUGUCGUUCAUCACCGAAGUACUCCGUCCUACGGAUACAGACAAGACAUAUAAACAUGAUCUGUCUUAGAUCACGGAUGUUGGGGUUUAUUUUCCCGCUCCCCAUGUCCCGUCCAGCAGGGUAAAUCCAAAAUUGGUAAUAGGGGCACACGAUUGGAAAACCCAGUUAUCAGAAAAGGGGCCACACAUUAGGUCGAAUCAAG